AUGUGCCCAUCGUCUGAACUUCCGGGGGCAUUGUCUACCACCUUAGGUUGGGUGCUUUAUGGGCCCUAUGCUCGCCAUCGCAAGAAGACUAAACAUGUUUCCUUCUCACCUGACACUGUCAACAGUCGCGCUCAUCAGGGCUCUCGGCAGCGCGCCUCUCCCUCGUCUUCUGCAGGGUCAUCAUCUGCUGUACGUUCUCCGUCUUCUUCGCCGCCCAAAUCCCCCGUUUCAGUGAUCACCUAUCAAUCUUCCUCUGACAACACUAACUCUGACAUAAAAUCUCCUGCUGCUGCUGACCUUCAAACCAUGGAUAUGACCCCCUGGCAGCCGUCGGACCAGGAACUUGUCAACAUCGUUCGGCGCUUCUGGGAACUUGACAGGGUACCUGACGUGCUUCCGCUGACCCCAGCCGAGAGGGAGUGUGAGAUGAUGUACUGCGCUGAUGUCACCCGUGACUCCAACGGAAGGUACACUGUCGGUUUGCCCUUGACGUCGUCUAGGCUGGGCACCUCCGUCAACGUGGCAACUAGACAAUUUAUUCGGCUCGAACAUCGUCUGGAUAAUAACCCUACCCUUCGUGUCGCUUAUCAUGAGUUCAUGCGAGAUUAUCUCGAGAGUGGCCAUAUGGAAUUGGUCCCUGAGUCUUCUGAUUGUCCGCGAUAUGAGCCAUAUUAUAUCCCUCACCAUCCCGUACAUCGUCCCGAUGAUCCUCCUGAUAAAAUUCGUGUAGUCUUCAAUGCCUCUUGUGCAUCCGCUAAUGGCAAAUCACUCAACGAUCUUCUGCUGACAGGUCCGAAGCUGCAAGCGGACAUUUCCACCCUCCUGCUUCGCUUUCGUCUAUAUCGCUUUGUCUUCACCGCCGACAUUAGGCAGAUGUACCGACAGAUCCUGAUACUCCCUGAGCAAAGGGACUAUCAACGUAUAGUCUGGCGUUUUAGCAAACACGAACCUCUCCAAUAUUAUCGUCUGAACACCGUCACGUAUGGAGUUUCUUCUGCUCCCUUCAUAGCACUUAGGACCCUUCGACAACUGGCUUCGGAUGACGGACCCAAGUUUCCUGCUGCUAGGCAAGUAUUGCUGGAUGAAAUUUAUGUUGAUGACAUCUUGACAGGCUGUUCAUCCGAGGCUGAAGCUCUCGAGUUGCGACAGCAAGUGCAGGAUCUGCUCAAGGCGGGCGGUUUCGAGCUACGCAAAUGGGCUACUAAUCAUCUUCCUCUGCUAGACGGUGUUCCGGCCGACCAUUGUAGAGAAUCCUCGUCCACUGACCCCCUUCUUCUCGAUCGUGAACCAGGUCUCAAGAUUCUGGGGCUUGGGUGGAACCCUUCAUCUGAUCACUUCUUCUAUUCUGUUCGGUCGACUUCAACGGCAAUCACCAAGCGAACUGUGCUGAGUCAGAUGGCUAAAAUCUUCGACCCUCUGGGAUGGUUAACUCCUGUUACCUUCUAUGCUAAAAUCUUCUUCCGUCAGCUCUGCCUACUCCAUCUGGAGUGGGACCAACCUCUUUCGAAUGAGGUUCAGCGCCCAUGGUUGCAAUUUCAGUCCCAGCUCCCCACUUUGUCAGAGCUUCACAUACCACGAUUCAUCCCUGACGUUUCUUCUUCUACGCAUCGGUUGGUUGGCUUCUGUGAUGCUUCUGAAUCAGGCUACGCUGCGGUCGUUUAUCUCCGCACUUUUGCAUCGUCUGGUCACUGCCAGGUGUCUCUUCUAGCGGCCAAAUCAAAAAUUGCUCCUUGCAAGGCUAUAACUCUACCUCGUUUGGAGCUGUGCGGUGCUCAUCUUCUCGCAAAGCUUAUGCAUCACCUGUCCACUCGCGUGUUGCAGCAUCUCGGCGCUGAGUGCAUGGCCUUCUGUGACUCUUCUGUGGCCUUGUCGUGGAUCCGCGGCGAGAGUCACAGGUGGAAGACAUUUGUCGGCAAUCGGGUUGCUGAAAUCCAAGAUCUCAUUCCCUCUGACUGCUGGAGACAUGUAGUGUCUGAGGACAACCCAGCUGAUUGUGCCUCUCGAGGAUUGAUGCCUGCAGACAUUCAUCAUCACCCAUUGUGGUGGCGGGGUCCUCACUGGUUGUCUUUCGACUCAUCCUUAUGGCCCUUUUCCUCUGUUGAUUCAUCUCAAACUGAUCGAGUAGACGAAGAAGCCAAGCCGAUCUCCGCUUUGAUGUUAGCGGCUAUCUUCGAUGAACCCACCAUGAUUGACCGCUUUUCCUCGUAUCUUCGACUCAAGCGGGUCACCGCCUUUUGUCGAAGAUUCAUAAUGAAUACUCGUGGUACAUCAUUCCCUCGGUCAGGUUUUCUUUCCUCUGUUGAGCUCCAGGAGGCGGAAGCCUGCUUAAUACGUCUGGUCCAAUCUGUUUAUUUCGCCGAGGAGUUGUCUGAGCUUCGAAAGCCAUCUUCUCGUCUUCGGCUCAUCAUGAAGCUUCACCUUUUUUGUGACGAGCAUGGACUUAUUCGUGUUGGAGGCCGCCUGUCAGCGGCCUUGUUGCCGUAUAGACACAAACACCCUGUUCUUCUGCCAAAGAAUAGCCAUCUCACUCAUCUGAUUAUCGAUGAUGCCCAUUAUCGUCUCCUGCACGCCGGCGCUUUAGCUACUCAUUCAUAUAUUCGUCGCCGGUACUGGAUUCUGGACGGACGUAAUGUAGUACGCAAUCGACUGCGCAGGUGCAAUCGAUGCUUCUCGUGCAAACCUCGUCCCCUGGUACAACCAAUGGGCAAUCUGCCCCCGGAGCGACUAUCCUCUGCUAUGGCCUUUCUUACCACUGGUGUCGACUACGCCGGACCCUUUUACGUCACGAGUGCCCGACUACGUGGGGCUGUCAGCACGAAGGCAUACCUGGUUGUUUUCAUCUGCUUCACCACCAAGGCAGUUCACCUAGAAUUGGCAUCUGAGCUGUCCACUCCAGCGUUCAUCGCUGCUUAUCGGCGGUUCGUUGCGCGCCGCGGUCACCCUUCCGUCAUCUUUUCCGACAACGGGACCAACUUCGUUGGAGCUCAUAACUACCUUCGUGACCUUGGUCGCUUAUUGUCAGCUCCACAACAUCAGCAGAGUCUUUGUGAUGCUGCCUCGUCGUCUGGAACCGAUUGGCGAUUUAUACCCCCUUCCAGUCCUCACUUUGGCGGCCUUUGGGAGGCCGCUGUGAAAUCUGCUAAGCAUCAUCUCACUCGCGUUAUCGGCGAGCAGAAACUCACUUACGAGGAAUUUCUCACCGUCUGUACACAGGUUGAGGCUAUUCUCAACUCCCGUCCUCUGUAUCUUCCCUCAUCUGACCCUUCGGAUUUUGAGGCCCUCACACCGGGGCAUUUCUUGAUUUUCCGCCCCCUCAACGCUCCUCCUGACCAUGAUGUCAGUUCCGUGUCGGUGAAUCGCUUAUCUCGUUGGCAGCUAGUCCAGCGAUUCCAGCAGGAUUUUUGGAAGCGCUGGCGUCAGGAAUACUUGCAUACCUUGCAGCAACGUCAUAAGUGGUUGCAGCCGUCUACCCCUAUCCUUCCGGGCACUGUGGUCAUCAUUCGAGAUGAUGGUCUUCCUCCUCUGAAGUGGAGUAUCGGCCGUAUAUCAUCUGUUUUUCCCGGAGCUGACUCCACAACUCGUGUGGCUGAUGUUGCCACCCCUUCUGGGACAAUUCGGCGACCAAUCGUCAAGCUGUGUCCUCUUCCAAGUCAGUAG